GUGUCACUCUCUGCAGAGAUGAGGCGCAGCUGAAAGAAGUCUGGACCGAGUGUAGAAGAUGACGACAGAGAAGAUCUGUAUCAGAGGAGACGUCAUCUGGGAGGCACUGGAUGUGAUAGAUCCAAAAAAUGUUGGGUCACCUGCUUGUUUUCACACUUCACAUUCUGACUCUGACAUGUCUGCCUGUAGAUAAAGCUGAGAUCUGUAUAGAUGAAGGAGCGGAGUUCAACUUUGAAUAUGCUAGUGUUGGUGAGCCUUUGUAUGCUGUUUGCCCACUUCUGGACUUAGUUGGGAGAAAUAAUUUCAGUGUAACCUGGGUAAGAAUUGACUCACAAACAGAAAUCGCCUCAGACAGACAAGCAAGAGUUCACCAGGAUGAACAAUAUCUAAAGUUUAUCCCUGCGGAGCUACAAGAUAGCGGAGUAUACCAAUGUAUUCUCAGAAACUCAACAAAUUGCAUCAAGAAGAUAAGACGAGUAGAAGUGUUUCGUCAUGAUGAUGGUCUCUGCUAUAAUAAUUCAGUAAUGCUUCGUAACGAAGAAAAAUUCAUAGCUCCAUCACUUACAAUUGAAUGUCCACACAUAGACAUCUAUUUCAGUCACAAGAACAUACAAGUCAGAUGGUUUAAGGAAUGCCAGCCAUUGGAUCUGGAUAGUGAGCGCUACUCAACUUCAACUAUAAACUUGAUUAUUAAAGAUUUGUCCAGUCAAGAUAGUGGGAAUUACACGUGUGAGGUGUCGUUUGUGUACAAUGGUGUAACAUAUAACAUGUCCCGUGCCAUUGAAUUCACUAUUCAAGCUCAAACAGAACCAGAACCUGUCGUAAUAUUCCCAAAAAAUAACAUCAUAGAUGUGGAAUUAGGAGCUCCUUUGACACUUACCUGUAGGGUGUUAUUUAAUGAAUCCAUUGCUGUGUUGUGGGUUUACAAUGGCAUACUUAUGGCAUUCUACACUGAAGAUGACAGAGUUGUAAUGGGAAAUACGGACCAAACAGUUACAGAAGAUGGACUGCAACACUUCAUAACCCUAAACUUUACUAAAGUUAUUGAAGAGGACUACAACAGACAAUUUUACUGUAAUGCGUGGACGCAAAGAAACAGAGCUUUUACGUCUUAUGUUUUACUGAAAAAGCCAGAUCCUAAUUUCCAGGGAUUUUUAAUUGCAUUUUUUGUGUCGGUGUUCUUGGUUACUGUUAUAUCUAUUGUUGCCAUAAGAAUAUAUAAAGUGGACAUUGUCCUCUGGUAUCGAAGUUCCUGUUUCAUUAAUACAGAACAUAAAGAUGGGAAACUGUAUGAUGCUUACAUAAUAUACCCAAAAAAAUCCACGGGAACCAGCUCUUACUCUUAUGAAAUUGAUAUAUUUGUCCUGAAAGUGCUGCCAGAAGUUCUAGAGAAGCAGUGUGGUUACCGAUUGUUUAUAAGUGGACGAGAUGACUUACCAGGACAAGCCAUGGCGGACCUUGUAGAUGAGACCAUUGCACAAAGCAGAAGAGUAAUUAUCAUGUUGGGAAACAUAUUCUGUGAAGACGGUGGUGAUGACUUUGAACAGAAAAUCGCUAUGUAUGACGCGCUCAUUCAGAAUAAAAUCAAAGUAGUUUUGAUUGAAAUGGAGAAGAUAACAGACUACACCAACAUGCCUGAAUCAAUAAAAUACCUCAAACAGAAGCAAGGCGCUGUGCGAUGGAAAGGAAAAUUCACAGAAGCCGCUCUUUCCCCUAAUACAAGGUUCUGGAAAAACAUCCGAUAUCAGAUGCCUCCAGCCCAGCGUCCUUCUGACAAGGAACUGCACUACAUCCAUUCAGAAGACUGAAAUGAAGCGGGUAUUAAAGACUUGGAUACUGUACAUUCGUGUGAUUUAUCAAACCAUACACAUGUAAUAAAACACUAGGCCCUUGGAUGGAGCUGCACACCAUUAUUUUAAAUCAACCCUCUGGUUCAAGAAAAAAUAAAGUCACAUUAACUUAGUAAUGAACAGAACACUUAUCUAGUGACCUGCUUUUUUUUAUUUCCAGAUCUGCUUAUUCUCUAGCUUCUCAUCUGCCAUCCAAGAUGGCUGCACCGCUUCUGAUUUACAGACCUCCCAAGUGUCCAUCUUUUGGAGGGACAGUCCCUAUUUUUGACCCGACGGAACAGCCUGCCAGAGGUCCAUGCUGCUAGUGUGAAAGUAGCCUUAUUACAUUCACACUAUUGACCCAGAAAGUGUUUGUCUGGUUUCUCUCUGUAUAUUCUAGCCCGUCUUGUAUAUUAUUUCAUUAUUUUAUGCAAUUGGGAUUUUAUUUUUGUGCUGUUUAGUAAGAGAAAACUAUGGAAAUGUAGGAAGAUAUGCAGGAAAAAUAUAUCACAAUGAGACAAAGGUGUCCCUCUUUGACCGUCGGAAAAGUUGGGAGGCAUCGAUUCACACGGUACAUUAGUAACCCAAGACGCUUCCUACUUGUCUAGACCUGCUCUUGGGUUGACCAGCACUGUUCACGUGAGCAGUGCUGGCCAAUCCAAGGGCAGCAGGAAAUGUCUUGAGCUACCGGUAUGCAUCAAGCAGUCUGAGAAGUGGUGCAGCCAUCUUGGAGGACAGAAAAGAUGCCUGAGAAUUAAUUGAUCUGCAACUAAAACAAUGAAAAGAAGGAUACUAGGUAAGUGUUCUGUUCGUUCCCCAAUAGAAUGAUUUCCUUUUUUCUUGAACCAGAGGGUCGCUUUAACUAUAUCAAUGCAAAAAACUUUUGUACUUAUGUGUAAUUUUCACCUUUUCUAGCUCAAUUAUUCUUACUCCUCUGAAGCUCUGGUCUUCUCACUCUCUGUCGGCGGACAGCAGCAAAUAUGACUACCAAGCACCUGCAUCUUCCAGGAGUGCAUUGUGGUCAGGUUAUGCUAAGCAUGCCUGUCCAGAUUCCAAAGCUCUAUUUUCCCGCCUUCCUUCCAAGCAUAGAAAACCAUCACACACAGCCCUAUCAAUACUAAUACAGUAUGUAGCACUAUGGUAUGUAAUGCAUCUCUCAAUUUCCUUCUACACUGACUUGAGAGAAAGAGGUAGAUAGCUAUAGAUUUCCAUGAAUUUAGAAGGAGGGAGGGAAGAAAGGGAAGAAAAUGUAAUGUACGUAAAAAACAAACAAUAUUUUUUACUUCAUAUAUAUUGCAAAAAUACUUCAAUUGGAAUGUUCUAUUCAUUGUAUAGUAAUACUAUUCAUGGGUAACCCCUUUAAGGCUGGGGCUACACGGCAACAUGUGUCGCACAAGCAAAAACAUUUGUGUGACUUUUCUGCAACUUGAUUUCACGCAAUUAUUUUACAACUGCAAUUUGGCUACAAAAUCAGUCAAAUUCCAAAAAAGUAACAGAGUCACGUUAGACCUGUGACCAAAAAAAUCCAACAGUGUUGGAUUUUCUGCGAUUGUCAUAGCAUAUCGCAUCGCAACCCCUCUUACAAUCAUUAGAUAAGAUGUCACAUGUCGCCCUAGUCUUAGUUAACAAAAAGCGUCAGCACAUUCCCCUGAUAUUCUCCAUACCAAUGCCAUGACCACCUUGACCAUUCCAUUGAUAUCUUUGUCUGCUAUGUCACCAUUUCACGUACUACCUCCUAUUAUUACAGCUGCGCUUUCAUAGGCUUUAAUGUUUAGUCUGCUGAACUGUAAGGUCUUUAUUCCUAGAAAAGAGGGAACAACCCUUUUUAUCAGGUAUUACUUGUACAUAUUUGUAGCAUUCACUUCAGACAUAUAAUGCACCUGAUGUUAUGGGACAUAUGUGUAGAAAUUACUUUUUUUUUUUUUUACUGUUUAGUUCAUUAACAUAAUGUGAGCCAUUCAUAUCCAAUACAUUGGAAGAAAUAUGUGCCUACUCAUUGAAACGUUUAGGUUCCGGAAAUAAACAGAACAGCUACCUCAGAUAGAAGUAAAUUUCUAUGUAAAUGCAGUACAAAAGAAAGAGGCAAAAUGUUGUGAAGCAUGUCAGAAAUGAGAACAGCCUGUAUGUCACUUUUCCUUGUAAAUAUCAUCCUAAUUCUAGAAAAAAAACUAAAAGAUUAAAUAGUUUUGGUUACAUAAAAA